CAAGCUGGCUCAACGCAGAAUAUUUGAUUUGCGGAGCAUUUCACAUAUUGGUUUAUAGAAAAGCCAAAUGCCAAAUGAAUCCAAAUUAAACGUUUUGCACUCCCUAUGAUUGUCCAGCCCCUUGUGCAGCAUGCCUAGUCAAUGCUAAGCUAACUAACAGGCUGCAGCAGGACUGAGUGGAGGAGGUAGAAGCUCCAGGGACAACCAUGGGAGAUGGAGUUGCCCUCCACACAGAGGGAAAUGCUCUCCUCAAAGCAGUCUUUCAGGGCAAACUGCGACUGACCCGCCUGCUGCUGGAGGGAGGCGCCUACAUCAAUGAGGGCAACGACCGCGGUGAGACCCCCAUCUCGGCGGCCUGCAUAGCUAGUUACGAUGACUCCCAGACCCGGCAGAGGAUGGUGCGCUACCUCCUGGAGAAAGGUGCCGAUCCCAACAUCCCUGAUAAAUCUGGACGGACCGCUUUGAUUCAUGCUUGCGCCGAGCAGGCAGGAAAGGAGGUUGUGUCACUGCUCUUGGAGAACGGAGCUGACCCAAGCCUCAAGGAUUACUCUGGGUCCUCGGCCCUGGUCCAUGCCAUCAACCGGGGCGAUCGGGAUACCUUGCAGGUUCUUCUGGAUGCUUGCAAGGCCAAGGGCAAGGAAGUGAUUAUCAUCACCACGGAUACGUCGCCCUCAGGCACCAAAAAAACGAAGCAGUACCUAAACUCUCCACCCUCUCCGGCUCUGGUGGACAAUUCCUCUCCGGUUUGCAUGUCCCCUUCCGAGGUGGAGAUCCGCACCUCCAACUCUCCUGCGGUGGAGAAAGCGGAGGAGGAGGUGGGCAUCUUUAGCUUUGCGCUGACCUCGGCUUUACCCUUACCCUCAGCUCGACCUCCGGGGGACAAGAGGCCACCCCCGCGCAAGCUUCUGAAGAGGUUGAACUCAGAGCCCUGGGGUCUGGUGGCACCCUCGGUGCUCAGCGGUGUCCAACAAGACACUGCAAACAGUGGCCCAGGGGAGGAAGCUGGUGGGGUCAGCAGGGUUGUCACAGAGAUGAACGAUUUGUCUAUCUCGGGCCCUUGCAGACCUCUCUUGUCUCGCCGGCACAGUAUCGAGACCCAUGACCCCUGCUCGCCCAAGCUCAUCGACCGGUCUUGCUCCGAAGACUGUGCUGCUUUCUGUGAAUCAUCUUGGGCAGACAAGGUCCAGCAGCAUCAAAUCCUGUACAGAAGGAACACUGCACCAGAAUCCCAGGAAACUGCAGGAGGACCGGGGGCGGUGGCAGCCCGCGCCCUGGCUCACCCCAAACUCACCCGGAUGGAACACUAUGAGUCAGACACACACCUAUGUCCCGAGUCCAUUCCUGGGUCUCCAGACUCAGGCCGAGUGUCCGUGGAAAGACGGAAGUACAACGCUUCGCCCCUGUCACUGCUCACCAGCUCUUCUCGGGAGUCACUGGAGAGCAUCCCCAACUCGGUGUCCCCUAUCACCAUCCGCAGGCGGCCCCAUGGUCUCCUGGAGCGUAGGGGCUCUGGGACUUUGCUCCUGGACCACAUCUCACACACCAGGCCUGGCUUUCUGCCUCCACUUAACAUCAACCCCCAGAGGCCUAUCCCGGACAUAAGGGCUAACGGGAAGCCCACAUCCCCGGUCAACUCUGGUCCCAAGAUUCUAGUCCCUGUGGCCCCUGCUUCACCUAAACGGGGGCCGGAUUUCAAGAUGAAAAAGAAGCUGAUGAGAAGACACUCCAUGCAGACGGAGCAGAUGAAACAGCUCUCGACCUUCCAGGAGAUACUGACCGAGAAAGUUGUUGAGUCGAAUGGGGACUAA